AUGGUGAAUAGGCAUUUCAGUCUGGCAUGUCAUGCUUGUCGGAGGAAGCAUACUCGGUGCGAUGAGACGAAGCCGCAAUGCAAGAAGUGCACGUCGAGAGGGAAGGAGUGUCCUGGUUACCGAGAUACGAAUGGCUUCUUGUUCAUCGACCAGGCAGAAAAGUCUGCAAAACGCGCGAGAAGGAAAGGCAAGGCUGCAACGCCAGAGAAGUGUGCAGGUCCGACCGUGACAAUCGGCAAAAGCGUCUCUCCGGAUCCAGGAAUGGUCAGCGUCACGUUCUUCUUCAACAGCUAUCUCAUGAAUGGGAGGAACCGACUCACCAGCCGCGGUCACUUCGAUUACCUCCUUCCACUGUACAGCACGGCGCGGCCAGACUCGCUCCUUGCGUUGGCAAUGGAGUUUGCAGCAGGCCGCUCAAUGGCCUCCCAUUACUGUCGAUCAGUCGACUCCAUCUGGCAUGCAGAAAGCGUCGUCAAAGCAUCAUCAGCAAUGCGCACAGCCAUCAGUGAUCCGAUUGAGUGCCUGACGGAUGAGACGCUGCUGGCCGUGUUAUUGCUGGAUUUUGCCGAGUAUAUCAAGACCAGGCGGAUGAGGACUCCACUUUCGCACGUUCACCAAAAUGCAGCCACGGGCCUGGUGAGGCUUCGAGGAGCGCAGAACUUUGAGUCUGAUGUGGGGAGAUCGUUGCUACACGCAACCAGGAGCAACUCCCUGCAUCGAGCGAUGAGAGGCUGUUUCGACCAGAACGUCGAUUUGGCUCUGCUGGCAUAUAUGACGACUGACUCAGAGACUUGCAACCCGGCCUUGCAGCUGGAUGGGCUGAUUGCUUGCAGUAUGCGCCUCGACCGCAGACUUGCAAGGACGUUGAAUGAGGAGAGUGACCCUGCGAUCGGAAUGGUCGAGGAACAGCUCCAGCAGCUGGAUGAGCGGCUCAUGGCGUGGCGUGAUUCAUUGCCAGAGGACUGGGAACCUCAGCAACACACUAUGGCUCAACCGCCUCCAGGCCACGGUGUCAUGGGUCCGAACCGCAAGACCACAUAUGCGUUUGAGAAGUUCGGCACGCUGGAUGUCGCACUCUUCUACAAUCAAUGGAGGUGCGCCCGACUGAUGGUCACCAAACUGCUGCGAUCGUGCCAGAGACGGCAGAACCGUCAAGAUGCCCUCAAAGCCCAAGCGGCAGAUCUUGUCAAAGACGUGUGGAAGUCUGUGCCAUACUUCAUCCACGGACCAAGAUUGAGCUUGCUUACGGAGGAGUCGUCGAGUCCGUUGGCAGAAGCAAUGCAGCAGCUCCAGCUUGAGGAGCCUUCUGGGUUGGGAACUUGGUAUCUGGGUCAGAUUCUGGACUGGAUCAUUGCGAUCCUUGCUGAUGAUGAUGGUGGUCUGGAUGUGAACGGAGCGAAUGUUGCUGCGUUCUGCGAUCUGCAAGAGGCUCUGCACUCGAAGUUUGUGGUGAAGGCUGCGGUGUCGUCUCGGUCGAACAGCGUGUGA